CUUGCUGGCUCUGUACAGUACCUACAAUAAUCAGUGUAACGGUGGGCAGAGUACUGUUUAGAAAAGAUAGGGCGAACUCAGAUAGUGACCCCAGAUAUCAGGGAAUCCUGUGGUUUCCUCUGAGUGUUACUGCGGAAACGUCAACUGUUCUCAACUAGUAACGUUGUUCGUCUUGUUUUCACCUGCGCGGCUUUAGACCACCCUGGAACAUUGGCGCCGCGCAACCACAAGAAUGGAGGACAAACCCAGCCUGCUGCUCUCCUUCCACACUGAACCCAAACAAGAGUCGCUGGAUUCUGAUUGUGACAGUGGAGCUCAGUGUUCAUUGGUGGAUUCAGAGAUGACAUCAGUGAAGCAGGAAGACUGCAGUCAAACACUGGGACUGAAUGUUACUAAGGAGGAGGAGGUUGGGGAUUUAAUUAAUCAAGAUGGGACUCCAGAAGUGGAGAGACUUUCUACAUUUCGAGAGAAACAACUCAAAGACAACAAAAAUAAGAAGUAUCACCACUGCUCCCAGUGUGAAAAAAGUUUUCUCUCAAUAUCACGGUUGAAAAGUCAUUUUAUCACACAUACUGGAGAGAAGCCUUAUUCCUGUUCUGACUGUGGGAAGAGUUUCUCUUACUUGGUUAACAUGAAAGAUCACCAGCGCAUACAUACUGGAGAGAAGCCUUUCUCCUGUUCUGACUGUGGGAAGAGUUUCUCCCGAUUAAAUACCCUUAAAGAUCACCAGCGCAUACAUACUGGAGAGAAGCCUUACUCCUGUUCUGACUGUGGGAUGCAUUUCUCUCGCAUAAGUACCCUUAAAUAUCACCAGCAAAUACAUACUGGAGAGAAGCCUUACUGCUGUUCUGACUGUGGGAAAAGCUUCACUAAAUCCACUGGACUAGCUCAACAUCAGAAAGUGCACACAGGAGAGAAGCCUUACUCCUGUUCUGACUGUGGAAAAAAUUUCUCUCAGUUAAGUACCCUUAUAAAUCAUCAGCGCAUACAUACUGGAGAGAAGCCUUACUCCUGUUCUGACUGUGGGAAGAUUUUCUCCCGUUUAAGUACUCUAAUAAAUCACCAGCAAAUACAUACUGGAGAGAAGCCUUACUCCUGUUCUAACUGUGGAAAGGAUUUCUCUCGCUUUAGUACCCUUAAAAAUCACCAGCGAAUUCAUACUGGAGAGAAGCCUUACUCCUGUUCUAAUGGAAAGGAUUUAUCUCGCUUUAAUACCCUUAAAAAUCACCAGCGAAUACAUACUGGAGAGAAGCCUUACUGCUGUUCUGACUGUGGGAAGAAUUUCUCUAGGUCGUCACGGUUGAAACGUCAUUUUAUCAUACAUACUGGAGAGAAACCUUACUCAUGUUCUGACUGUGAAAAGACUUUUUCUUGGCUAAAUAACCUUACAACUCACAAGCGCAUACAUACUGGAGAGAGGCCUUACUUCUGUUCUGACUGUGGAAAGAGUUUCACUCAGUUUAGAAGCCUUAAACUUCACAAGCACAUACAUACUGGAAAGAAAACGUUCUCAUGUUCUUACUGUCAGAAGAGUUUCUCUCAGUUAGUUAAUCUUACAAAUCACAAGCGUGUGCAUACUGGAGAGAGGCCUUACUCCUGUACCGACUGUGGAAAGAGUUUCACUACUUCAGGUAUACUUGCACGACAUCAAAAAGUGCACACAGGAGAGAAGCCUUACUUUUGUUAUGAUUGUGGAAAGAAUUUCUCUCGGUUAAGUAGCCUUAAAGUUCACCAGCGCAUACAUACUGGGGAGAAGCCUUACUCCUGUUCUGACUGUGGAAAGAAUUUCUCUCAGUUAAGUAGCCUUAAAGUUCACAAGCGCAUACAUACUGGGGAGAAGCCUUACUCAUGUACUGAUUGUGGAAAGACCUUUUCUCUGUUCAGCAGCCUUAGAGUUCACCGUCGCAUACAUACUGGAGAGAAACCUUACUCCUGUCCUGAAUGUGGGAUGCCUUUCUCUCACUUGGUGAACUUGAAAGCUCACCAGCGCAUACAUACCGGAGAGAAACCUUACUCCUGUUCUGAUUGUGGGAAGUGUUUCUCUCGAUUAAGUGGCCUUAAAAGUCACCAGCGAAUACAUACUGGAGAGAAACUUUACUCACAUUCUGACUUUGAGAAGAGUUUUAUUAUCAGCCUACUUCACUAGACAUGAGAUUGUGCACAGAGGUUAGAAGCCAUAGUCCUACACUGCCUGUGGGAAGAGAUUCCAUGUCUAAGGCAACAAAAUAAAUGAAAAAGCUGCACACUCUAAACUCAAAUGCAUAUCAUUUUUUAAUAAGACCAACGUUUCGACAGACAGGCUGUCUUCAUCAGGGUACAAUGAAGAACACUGCAAAUCACAUGCUUUGAUAGGGUAUUGUGGGGGACACACAGGUGCUUGUAAUAUGUCAUUCAGAGAGAUUAUCUAAUUGGACAAUAAAGGAGUAGUGUGUCAAAAUUGGAUAGGGAAACAAAAUAAAGAAUAUAUAUAUACAAACAAGAAUACACCAAAGGCCACAAUGGCACUACGUUGUAUCAAUAACCAAGAGUAAAGAAAUGUUUCCGAUCAAUGAAAUUUCCAUCACAGUGCACGUGGUCUGCAGCACUGCCUCCGUCGGCUUGCCUUUCGGCAGUGGACAGGGGUCAGCAUGGGCACCCUGACUGGUCUGCGGCUACGCAGCCCCAUACGCAACAAGCUUCGAUGCACUGUGUUCUGCUAACUUUCUUUCAGUACCUGCAUUAAGUUUUUCAGCAAUUUGAGCUACAGUAGCUCGUCUGUUGGAUCGGACCACACGGGCUAGCCUUCACUCCCCA